AUGAGCGCUGCUGCAGUUGUAAGAAAAAAGAAAUAUAAUGUGCGUGACACAUCGAAGUUUCUAAGAGCUGUCGGUGGAUCUAAGGAGCACUGCUGUGUACCACUUUGCUCUGCUUCAAGUCGGUAUAACAGUAAUUUGAGCUUCCACUGCUUCCCGAAGGACACCAACCUUCGUGCGCAGUGGCUGCACAAAAUAAGGAGGGCACGAUUUUCGGUGACCACCCAUACUAAGGUAUGCAGCCGACAUUUCCACGAUAAUGAAAUUCACACUACUGCUAAGGGUAGACGGGUUUUAGCCGUAGGCUCAGUUCCAUCGUUAUUCGAGUGGAAUAACUACACUACGGUGUCACGGGCCGGUGUUUGGGAACGCCGAUCUCGACCACCAAGUCCAGAACCUGCCCCGCCGGGGCCUGAUGAAGACAUCGAACAACCCGUCAUGGUCCCGAUGGUCGUGGACCACGAUUACGUAGCCAGUCGUACUGUAUGUGUGGACCGGGAGCGGUAUGAAGGUGCGUUGAUGGAAAUCGAGGCGCUGAGAGAGCAGCUCCAAACAUGUCAUCUUCAUCACUCCUUUGGACUUAAAAGGUUUGCUUCUUCGCCUGAAGACAUCAGAUUUUACACCAGAUUCCCCUCAUACGAGCAUCUGAUGGCGUUCUGGAACCUGAUCGAGGCAGCAACAGCAAAAAUGGUUAGGGUCACCAGGGCAAAGAAAACCAAUGCUACUACCACAACAAUUGAAAGCCCUUUAACCAGACCAACUAAACUGCUGCCGAUCGGUGAGCUCUUCCUCUUCCUCGCAUACCUGUCCACUGGCUGUACCCAGAGAGAGUUGAGUCAUAGAUUCAACAUCCACAGAGCAACAGUCAGCCGAAUCAUUGUGACCUGGGCCAACUUCCUCUACAGCUUACUGGGCUCGGUCUGUAUAUGGAUGUCUCCUGCAGCUGUGAAGGCCAAUCUUCCACCCGACUUUGAUGGCAGCUACAGCGACACACAAGUAGUGCUUGAUUGUACAGAGAUACGGUGUCAAACACCUUCAUCCCUUCUCCUUCAGAGUGAAGUUUUUUCAAACUACAAGUCCCACUGCACCUUUAAGGCUAUGGUGGGCAUGGCCCCUCAUGGAGCCCUUACGUUUGUGUCAGCACUCUUUGAGGGUUCCAUGAGUGACAGGGAGGUGUUUCGUCAGUCAGGGAUUACAUCACUCUUAACACCUGACAUGGCCAUAAUGGUGGACAAGGGAUUCUUGGUGGAUGACCUUGUACCUGGGCCUGUUCAUCGUCCUGCCUUCCUCUUCAAGAGGGCCCAAAUGUCAGAGGUGGAUGUUCUGAAGACACAGUCCAUUGCCCGUUUGAGGGUGCACAUUGAAAGGUUAAUCAGAAGAGUAAAAGAGAAUAAACUGUUUGAUACCACUAUCCCUCUCUCCAUUGCAGGGAGCAUAAACCAAAUCUUCACAGUCGCUUGUCUCCUCUCAAACUACCAAAAUGGACCUCUGGUCAAGAAAUGGAGAUUAUGA